GUUGCUAUGACUCCGAUUGUCCACACUGUGUGGGGAAAAUGGCGACUCUUUUACGCUUACAGCGGAGCACCGGGUCUAUUAUGCAACAAAUAUUCAUUAGAAAUAAAGAUGCAGAGGAGCAGAGAGAUAUUGAAUACAAGGCAGUAGUGAGGGUCCAAGCAUGGUUCCGUGGACAGCGUGUCCGGGCGUAUAUUCUUCAUCUGCAUCGAUGUGCUACCAUAUUACAGAAGGUUUGGAGAGGUUAUCUUGGUAGAAGAGUUUACCGGGCUAUGAUCAAACAACUCAUGUUGGUGAUGAGGAUGAAAUAUUAUAACAAGAUGGCUACCUUAAUACAAAAGAUUUGGAAAGGAUAUUACACAAGGAAAUAUGUAGCGAACUACUUCAGUAGAAAGAGAUAUCUAGAAGGCCUCAUCAUCAAGAAUGAAAUAAUAAGGAAAGAAUUGGAGGAAUACAAAAUGCAGCAAGAUGAAGAAAAAGCACAAAAACUACAAUCAGAGAUCAAAGAAAAGGUGUUUGAAGAAGCCAGGAAGAAUCACUAUCUCCUUAGUACUGAAGUGGUUCCUGGUGUUUACAACUCACCUUUCAAGCCUUACCCAGACGAGAUGGAGUUCAUCUUGAGAAGUGUUAAGCCACGCCCACCCCCUGGUCCAAACCCAAAGAGAGACAAUAGAUCAGGGAAGGUGAUGGCACCAAGCCCUCCUUUACCCCUCACUACCCCCUUGCCACCAAUCGGUCAGAAGCCACAGGGUCCAUUCCGAGAGCCUCUUGAAGUCCAGAAGCAGAGAUUCAAGCCCUUGCAACCAACCCUGAGGGUUUCCACCUCCUACACCUCAGUAGAGGAGGCUAGAGCAGCAAUGAGAGCUCAGGAAUGGGUCAUGAGAGUUAAUGACAACAUUUUUGUGCCUUUUACAAGGAGAGAUCGAGAUUAUGAGUCCUUGCUUCACACCACAUCCAAGUAUGGCCACUUACCAUAUGGGUCACAUUACUACAGAGAAUCGGAUCAGUCAAAGCAUAUUACUGCUGAGAGGUUUCAACCGGUUGUUUCUCCUAUCCCUGUCUUUGAUAAAUUAAACGACACAUACUCAAAAGGAACAGAAACGGUUCCAUGAAGAGGUGCUGCUUAACUGAUUCUUACAAUGCCCUAUAUGUAAAUGUCUUGCAAUAUUAUCUCCUAUAUUU